AUGGAUAUGGGGAAAAGAAAGUUUGAGUAUGAAUUUGCUGAAGACAAAUUUGAUUCUCGAAAAAAAACAACAGUUUUAGUUGAGCAAUCUUCAUCCCCUUUUUUGGCAUUACCGGUUGAACUGGUCUAUCGAAUUCUGGACAACCUCGAUCAGUUCACAAUAUUUUGCUCCGCUCGUAAUGUGUGCGUACGAUUAAAUACGAUUACAGAUACAUAUCAUCGAUAUCAGGCACCCACUGCACUCAACCUCUCUUCGAGUCAAAUCGGAAACAAAAAAGCACAACUUCUGGCUGAUGCCUUAAGAAAUAACACGACACUUACAACACUUGAUCUCUGGGAAAAUCUAAUUGGUGAGACAGGAGCACAACAUCUGGCCGAUGCAUUACGAAUUAAUACGACACUCACCACACUCAACCUCGGAAGAAAUUGCAUCGGAAACAGAGGGGUCCAACACCUGGCGGAUGCCUUGAAAAAUAACACUACGCUCACUACACUCAACCUCUACUUCAAUCAAAUAGGAGAUACAGGAGCACAACAUCUGGCCGAUGCAUUACGAAUUAAUACGACACUCACCACACUCAACCUCGGACGGAAUAACAUCGGAGACCAGUGGGCCAAAUAUCUGGCUGAUGCCUUGAAAAAUAGCACUACACUUACUUCACUCAACCUCAACGAGAAUAAACCCCAAGUGAGUAUUAAGGCGACUAGAAACAACCAGGAGACACGAACACAAUAUUAA